AAGAAACUAAAACUCUUGUAGAGUUGCUUGUAAAUGAAAAUAAAAAGAAACGACCAAAGUAUAUGUUUCCUGUAUUGGCCCCAACAAACUUCUGCUUGCUGAAGAAUAUUAUUGAAGAAAAACAAAACGCUAAUCAUCGGAUAUCUGAAUUACUUAAAUUAUUUCCAAGUUUAUCGGUUGUUAAAUUUCAAGACUUUUUAGCUCAUUUGAAACACUUUGAACUGUUGGAGGAGGGAACUUUCGGAACUAUUUAUAUUGUGACGGAGUCCACUUCCCAUGUGGACUCCGUUGCAAAAAUAUUUAAAAGUUCUUGUCAAACCGAAGUUCGUUUUAAUGAGAUCAAAGUUUUGACAAUGCUUCAGGGCAUUCCAGCCGUCCCUGAUUUGCUGCAUGUGCUUGAAGAAAAUUCUUCGAUGGGCGAUUCCACCAAUGAAAUUCACGGUUACGUUAUAGAAAAGUUUGAUUGCACUCUACAAGAAUAUGCGCGUCACAACUUAUCAGCCCCGCAAAUUUAUGAGGUUGUCUAUAAACUGAAUUCUGGAUUGAAGGAAUUUCAUUCGCGCAGGCUCGCCCACUUGGACUUGUGCGAUAGAAAUGUAAUGAUUCUGGUGAGCGAAAUUCCUUCUGUGAAAAUUAUCGAUUACGCGGCGGCUGUGUGUUUUCCUGCUACUAAUAAACUUUACCUUCCGACCAACACGGCAAAGUUAAACUAUCGACCCCCGGAAAUUUUUACUGAGACUACUCGGAAAGCGAAUGUUAAGAAAGUUGACGUUGAUCCCACAAAAAUAGACGUUUGGGGAUUGUCAGUACUAAUUAUGGAACUCUUAAACAGAGGGAUGAAAGCGUGGAGCGGCCAGUUUGAUGCUUCUCUUCUCCACGAAGUUAUAUCUGAUGCUGUUCUUAUAGAAAAACAUAUAAUAAACGUUGGAGGGCCUCGCUGGCAGCAUUUGCUACGUAAAGGCCUUGAGGUGCACCCAAAUAAUCGUUGGUCCUGCGAAGAAAUCGAGACGUUCUUAAUUAAAAAUAAACGAGCUUUAAUAUCAGAACUCGAAACUCUUCCAAAAACAAGAGGAAGAAGAAGAAAACUGGGCCUCGUGAAGAACAGUUGCCCGUUCGAAUACAACUUUUCGAGCACUCAAGAGCUCGCCUGCGAGAAAAGGAGAACCACACGUGCCUCUCUCGCUAAUAAUUUUAAUAGUGGAAGCGAUAAUAAUAAUUAUUAUUAUAAUAGUGGUUGUAAUGGUAAUAAUAGUUAUACUCUACGAGAGAGUCACGUGUCUACCCGUUACGCUCACGCGCAUUGUCCUUAUCCGUCCACCAACCAAGAGAAGACGUGCGAGUAUUUGUUUCAUCAGCAGCAACCUGAUUCGUUUAUCAGCAAAUGUACCAGACCUCCUCUGUCCAAUAAGAGCCAGGAAUACCCUCCUGAGAAUUUCCGUAGAUAUCCUUACAAUUCCCCAGCGCCGUCUAAGCAUCCGCCAUCACCGCGGACGUUGAAAAAGUUUCCCGUUCACCCCCCCGUCGACUCCCACAUGUUUCUGGAUUCGCAAGAAAAACUUCCUGAUGGCUCUUCUUACUCUUUUCACCAAUCACAUUUCGUUCCUUUUCUUUCGUCUUAUAAGUACGACUUCAAAAUCCAACGACGUUCUUCUCCGCCCGGUCAUCUUUACUCACUUAACCCCUACAACUAUUAUAUGCCCCGCGCACCUACCUGCCCUCGUUAUUACCCUCCCCCCCCCUCCCCGCGGGCGGCUACUCCUCAUGAGUGUCCACCCUGUCCUCACUCCUGUCAUCAUCACCCGCCUGAGCGUCCGUUUUUCCGCCCCUCCGAAGAGUAUAGCCAAUAUACUGCUCCUUAUAUACCAGGCCGCUUAGAAAAAAGUAAGUUUGUAUAUUCCUCGCGUCCUGAAAACUUUACUUAUUGUGAUCCACCUCGCGACACUAAACCAUCCGUUGUUCCCGAUUAUUACUAUCCCUUUUCCGGUGUUCCGCUUCAGAAUGGAAACAAGAAACCAAUGCAGCAUUCGAGAAAUGCUAAUGAAAAUAAUCAUGAACGCGUUUAUUAUAAUAGUUUUUCUACCAAUCGCACCGAUAAACUUUGUGAACCGUUAAAGGCUCUCUACAAAAGUUCUAGAGAUUUUACUUUUAAGCAUCACUCGCUUGACAAAAAUAUUAGAAAAAGUAAUGAUAAAGUUUAUCAAACAAACGAUUUAAGUUAUAAUAAUAGUAAUAUUGAUAAUGAGAAUAAUGAUAGUAUCGAUGGUAAAGCGCUUAAUAGCAAACACAAUAGUUUUGUUGAUGGUAAUGAUAAUGAAAAUUAUAAUAACAAUAACGGCUUCGAUUAUAAUACUUGUACUAGUAAUAAUGUUCAUAAAGAUGAGGACAACCUAGAAAUUAACAAAGUGAAUGAAAGUAAAUUGACUCCAUUACAAGAAAGUUUACCUUUAAAUUCUGUUACUCACGAUGUUGUUGUUAAUAAGUGUAGCCCUGUUUUAACAAAGAUUCCUGAAAUUAUAAAAGAGCGUCAUCUUGAAGAUGAAGAAAAAAUGCCAACGGAAAAACUUAAUUAG